CUGUCAUUUCUUGGGCCUCCUACGAACCAGACGAACCAGAUCAAGAGGACGUGUACCAAGAAGAGGAGGUCAGCAUCAGUUUUGACAAGCUGAGGGCUCUAUAUGCGCACGCGAAUGAAGCUUUGCGUGGCGGUAGCAAGCGAAGGACCACGGCAUUCGUGUCCCCAAGCCUCGGAAUUCAGCGGUCUGCCUCCUCCACCGAUAUGCCUUCCUCCGAUAUUCUUUCUGGCCGGCUAGAAUUAUUGGGGUCUUUGCAUGGGUCAUCCCUGAAAACCAUGUUUUCGCUGCUGGUUCUGGUGUCUGGGUUGCUAUCUCAAGAACACUACGCGCACCUGACAACGUUCCUUGCUAUGCAAUGUGCAGAGAAGGCCCCAGAUCAAAUUGUUCGAGUAAUCGAGCAUGAUUUGUCGCAUCAAGACCCGGAAGUCCGUCUAUCUGCGAUCAAGAAAGUGGAGGUGAUUGCAAGCUGGCGCUCCCACCUGCUAGCCUUGGAUGUCAUCCUCGACCGUACGUACCGACGCCCAUUCAAGGUGACACGGCCGCCGGUCCCAUUCGUACCGACCGACAUGGGUUCUAGUUUAUUUGUUCUGGAUGAAGACGUUUACGAAUUCAAGGACAACCACGGACAUGUCCUUCCUCUCGAACUUCGUAGGCGACUGGCUGAGAUCGGUUGGGACGAGGAGGACCGCACGAUAGAUCCUAAGACCCAAUGGAUCAAAACACCUAUGUCGCUGCUACCAAGUCUGCACCUGGAGUCCCUCGACGCACCAUUGGAUGAUAUGGCUUCAAUUGGUCGAUCCUCUAGUCCUGGUCCUAGCCCUGAUCCAUCUCCAACCGCCUCACCAUCGAAAGAGGGACCGCGCUUGAGACGGCAGUCCAGUGACAGUGGUACCCGGGGGUCCAAGCGGCGACCCAUCUUCGUUGCUACCACGGCUAGGAAUUUCAUCCUUGACCUCAUGCGAGACGACCCUUCAUUGCUUUCCCGUUCUCCUCAUCUCCGCCACUUCGUCGUUAUGGCCUUCUUACAUGCUCAACACUCACUUCCGCCGGCUAUGGCCCACCACCUGCUGAAUCACCUGGCUGGUUUCCUGAAGUCGUCCGCCAACCAGCAGGCUCGCGCCCAUCCUCUCCAAGGCUAUGCAUAUGCCAAGAUGUCGGUGCGCGAGCUGCGGCGAGCAAAGGCCGACACGUUUCUGCUGCCAUCAGGUGCACUUUGGUUUGCCCCAUCUGCUCCCGCCGGACCCAUGUUCCCGCGGGGGCCUGAUGCCAAUCAAGACCCAUUCGAAUCUUUGCCAAAACCUCUCGUUUGGAUUACGCUUAUCAGAACGGCACAGAACAUGCUGUUCUUGCGCAUGCUGGAGCGAGAUCCGCAGGCAUUGAAGCAUAUCAGGAAGAACCUGGUGAGACUUGAAUUGCCUUCACUUGAUGGUGACGGCCUUCCCGGAUCUCUUGCCUUCGCUUCUUUUUUACCUCACAAGAGCCGCACACGGAAACCCGUUAACGCAAUCCUCACUGCAUUGUCCCUGACGCUGGCUCGGAGCUACCUACUCCUAGUCGCCCAAAUAUUCUGGUCCAUGACACGGCAUUUGAAUGACCGGCAGGAGCUAGCUAUCCUCGUUGACGGCCUGAAUCGCGUGCUUCUUACGCAUGGAGAUGACAUUGGGAUCGUAGGGCAUGCUCUGCUAGCUUUCAUGUUGGCGAGCACGCGCUUCAAACGCAUGUUCAUCUCCGGCGGUGCGUACGCGCUUUUCAUGCCUGCAAUUAUCAAGACGUAUUGCGAGGCCGAGUACCAUCCGGGCAUACGCGCUGCAAUCGAGUAUGCUGUCAACCGCUUCUACGCGUUGCACCAAGAAUCCUUCGUCUUCCAGAGCUUCGACGUCGUGUCACGCAUGUUCAUGUCCCCCGAUAUGGACCAGCCAUGGCUAGCCAAACAGGUCUUCGCUCUGUUUUCUACGCUCAAGAACGGGACUGCACCUCUGGCUCCUGACGUCGCAGGCAUCUACGAUCUUACAAAGUUGCAGGAGCAGGAGAACCGGAUGGUCGCCGUCGCCGAAGAGGUACCUCAGACAUUCCUUGCUUCGCUCCGCAAAGGUGGUUCUGGGAAGCGACAGGUCACUCUAGUCCUUCCCGAAGACUACGAGUGGAAGAGACUGGGACUCGACAACCUCGUACGCCUGUUCCUGACGGUGAUUGCCCACAACCCUGCUAUCCAACGCGCGGAGCGCUUCAUGCGCUCUCUGCGACUACUGGCUCCUUAUCUCUACAACGCAUCGACUUCGUCUCGGACGGUCCUGCGUGACGGUAUUGACGCGCUUGGGGCCAUCCUUGUCAGCCGGAACGCGGCGAAGGCGAAGAUGCCCGACACCAUGCAACCGCGUGCGACCGAUGACUUCACCUAUGAGGUACUCGUAGAAGGGAACUCCAACGAAGCGCAGCCUGCGUUAUCUCCUGCAGACAUCAUCGCAAUGCGUCUUGACUAUCUGUCGCUCGUGGUAGCCUUCGCUCAGGCCGGUGGAGAACUGGGACCUGCUGCUCCUGGCCGCGUCGUGGAGCUGACGAAGAUGGUUUUGAAGGAUUCAAUCAUCAGUGCUGACCGCAUCGCCGCAUUCUUGACGGACUACAUGAAGGCAGUCCUGCUCCGGGACCCGACGCCGAGUCUGAAAGAAGCACUCGCGCUGCUCAAUGACUUCGUUCCACUCGUCAGCGCAUACAGUACCUCGGUCAACUUCUCCGGAGUGUUCGAUGUACUAGCGUCUCUGUGCGGCAACUCCGUUUUCGCCAACCAGCCACGGUUCGCCCAGGUAGUCGUGGCGGGAUAUUGCAGGGCUGGGUUAGAGGCUUGCGAAGCCGCUGCAUCGGAGAGCUGGCUCCUGUCUCUGCCGUCUCGCAUGAGCGUGAUCCGGCUCAUGAAUGCGGCUGUGACUCUGGUCGGUGCGGACGUCCUGGAGGAGCUGGCAAAGCACUCGCCUUCGUACGACUUCCUCACCGGCGUGAACGCGAGCGAACUCAGCGCAGGGAACCAAUGGACAGAGUCGUGGCACAGAGAGGCUCACUCGAGAGCAUGGGCCCGACUGCUCACGUAUAUCCUUUCAGCAUGCCAGAACCCGCACGUCCCACGAGAGCAGGCCGAAGAUCGGCGCAAAUCUUCGGAUAGCCGGCUCUCAGAAGCGAGCCCGAAGCCAGCGAUGUCGUUCACGAUCGCUCUGCAGAUCCUCAAGAUCAUCGUCGUCCGUGCGGAGGACGACUUGUCUUCGCUGAUGCCCACGUGUGAAUGGGAGCCCGACGUGGACAAUCCUUUCCUGCCAAGCAUAGCCUCGAGGUCUUGGUCUGGAUCUCAGCCUCGCUUGAUCGACUACCUGUAUGCGCGGGUUGUGCAGGAGAAAGUCGCGCUCCACGUCGUUGGGGCGAGCCCGAUGUCGGUCCGCCGGUUCUCCGUCUUCACGAAACCGCGACGGAGUAUGGUGAACGAGAGCGCGGUAUCUUCGGCAGCUUCGACCCCACGGCACUCUACCUUCCUCAACACCUCCCUGUCGCUUCCGACGUUUGACGAAUCAUACCUGCGCGCGUCGACCCCGCGGAAGGACGAAGGUUCGCGGCUGGCAGGCUACGCGCGUGAUGUGAGCCCGAUCUCUCCAUCCGGGCGCACCGGAAGAGAUUCGGGGCCCAGGAUCGUUCACCUUGGCCCGGUCACUCCGCUGUCGGUCUAUGGCGGGCUCCAUGCGAGGAGAGCCGCGUCGCCUAGCGGUGCGUCGCGCGGGAAGGCGGGGACUGCUCUCGACGCUGCGAAGGAGCGCACUGUGACGAGCGUCGUGCUGGUGCGCGCGACGUAUCGCCGGAUACGGUUGGCCCAGACUGUGCUCGGCUACUCCACGGUUCUGCCGCUUGGCGAGGGCGAAGAGGAAGACAUCAAUGAGAUGCAGGAGGUGAAAGACCUGAUGGAGGAGUUCCGUGAGGACUACGCGGGCGCAGGCGAUGACAGCCUUGUUAUGGUUGACGCGGAGGAACCGACCUCUCCGUCAAAAUGGUAGACACACUGGAUUAUAGGGAUCACUACGCACUACACUUCUAUUGUGCAUUUGCUAGGAUGUCGCAUGUCGCGCUAGAGUCGCUUUCGUAAGUAAUGUAGAACUAUGUAUAAGGUGUACAUCAUGUCGUAUAAUCAAGUGGUACUAGAUCGGACGCACAGUUGCACUAGGCUCGCGAACGACCCGUAUGUAGGUUGAUCAACAUUGUUACCAUUUUCAGACAUA